UUUAAUUCUCACUAAGUUGGAGGCUUGGAACUGUGGCUGCAAAAUUGGCAAAGAUGGAGAAUUGGGGAACUCAGGCAAUAGUUCUUGUGGGGUUUUUCUUGAGUUCGGCUCUGCUUUGCAAUGGAGGAGUCACUAGUAGUUAUGUAAAGGUUACUUACCCAUCCGUUGAUAUGCCACUCAACAGUGAUGUCUUUAGUGUGCCCCCAGGUUACAAUGCACCACAGCAGGUUCAUAUAACUCAAGGAGACCUUGUAGGGCAGAGUAUGAUUGUGUCUUGGCUCACCCAAGAAGAACCAGGCUCCAGCACUGUUCUUUACUGGGCUGAGAACAGCACGAUGACAUACAGUGCAGAGGGCUUCUACUUGACCUACAAGUACUACAACUAUUCUUCGGGCUUUAUCCAUCACUGCACCAUCAAUAACUUGGAGUUUAACACGACAUACUACUACGAGGUCGGGGUCGGAAACACCACACGACAAUUUUCGUUUAUAACUCCACCACCAGUUGGGCCUGAUGUUCCUUAUACAUUUGGUCUCAUAUCGGACCUUGGUCAGACUUUGAAUUCAAAUACCACACUUACUCAUUACCAAAUGAACCCUUUGAAGGGGCAAACAGUGUUGUAUGUUGGUGACUUCUCUUAUGCAGAUAACUAUCCAUUUCAUGACAACACUAGGUGGGAUACAUGGGGCAGAUUCAUAGAAAGAAGUGCUGCUUAUCAACCUUGGAUAUGGACAGUAGGAAAUCAUGAGGUCGACUUGGAUAUUCAAUAUGGUGAAACUGUACCUUACAAGCCCUUUACAAACCGAUUUCAGACGCCAUAUAAUUCUUCAGGAAGUAUUGAACCAUUUUGGUAUUCAAUCAAGCGAGCUUCAGCAUAUAUCAUCGUCCUUGCUUCAUAUUCAGCAUUUAGCAAGUACAGUGCUCAGUACACUUGGCUUCAAAAUGAGCUAGCCAAUGUGAAUAGGACUGAGACACCAUGGUUGAUCAUCCUUGUGCAUUCACCAUUGUAUAACAGCUACCUCAAUGCCUAUAUGGAAGGAGAACCUAUGAGAUUAGCAUUUGAAGCAUGGUUCGUACAAUACCAAGUUGAUGUCGUAUUUGCUGGCCAUGUUCAUGCAUAUGAAAGAUCUGAACGAGUGUCAAACAUUGCAUACAACAUUACAAAUGGCCUAUGCACACCUAUAUACAAUCCAAAUGCACCUGUAUACAUAACAAUUGGCGAUGGAGGAAAUAUUGAAGGCCUAGCAGCCCUGCAAUAUCCACAACCAUAUUAUUCUGCAUUUCGUGAAGCCAGUUAUGGUCAUGGUAUUUUUUCUAUUAAGAACCGUACCCAUGCUUUCUUCGGAUGGAAUCGAAAUCAAGAUGGUUAUGCUGUAGAAGCAGAUUCAUUAUGGUUUCACAAUAGAUACUGGUAUCCUGUGAAUGAAACCACCACUCCAGUGUGAUUGUAAACGAGUCUUCUUUCACUUUGUUUUCAAAAAAUAAGUAUCAGUCACUAGUUAUAUGUGACCGAAAUUUUCCCUUUUUGCUACUCCAUGUCUACUUUAAAUGUGACUGAGCAUUCCCUUCUAUUCA